GCAUCAUCAACAAUACUAUAAAAUUCAAUCAAAAUCAUGACAUUUGAAAAUAUGUAUUUUGAUAAAAUGAUUGAAACCCUAAAAGAAUUGUACGGAAAAUUUAAUUAAAAAGUAAAGUUGCCUUCUAUUUUCAAGUCAACAGAUAGGCUAUUGCAACUUGACCUUUGCCACUUGCCACUCGAACGACGGCUCGCUCGCCGGAGAAUUUUGAGCCGCCGAUAGAGAGCGGUCCCUUUAAUUCUCGAUUCCUUUGCUCCGCUGCGCUCCAUUGAAAUGGUGGUUUCUGCCCGCUUGAUUGGGACGUACGUGUGGACCUUAGCUUGAAAACAAGUUCCCAUGAUCGAGGCAUUUCCUUCGAGUUCAAUCCAAUGAUAGAAAAGUCAAAAGCGGAAUGCCUAUCCAAUCCCAUAACUUAGCCAAGUUUUUGUUUGGUUUCGUAUUGAUAAUUCGGUACCAAUUUAUCGUCAGCAAUCUUGUUUUUCACCAUUAGGGAUCCUUUGAACAGUCUGAAAUUGAACGUCUCUCAGAUUACCUUAGGAGCCUUUUCAUGGCCUUAUCUUCUUUGUGAGAUGUCAGAAAGAGGGGACCGAUAUUCUUGCCAUUAAGACGAAACUUCCUAUCUCCCUGGCCACUGGGGGCUGUCCAACCCUUUUUCCCAUUCCUAUAAUUUACCCAAUUUAACAGGGGAAAUUUAGAAGCAACUCUUGGGUUUUGCUUAUUUCUUAUCAGUUAAGUCUUCUGCUGGAGAUAAACGAGGAUCUAACUAGAAGGCUUUUCUGUUUAUGGUGACCAAUCAUGUGGGUUGCUGAUCCAAUAAAAAGUGCUUAGUUGUUUGCAUGUAAGCUUUGAAGGUGGGAGAGACCUGUUCACUUACUUCUGAUGGGCAUCUGCUUAAGUGCAAAACCUAUAUGUGAAAGUGAUGAUAAUACAGGGGUGAAGUAUUCAAAAGAUGAUAGUGAUAGCAAUAAUGGAAAGGAUAAUGGUAGUGCAAGUAGCAAAUUCUCAUUGGCUUCGGUGCUCCCAGCCCCUCGGAGCGAGGGUGAAAUCUCUCAGUCCUCCAAUUUGAAGAGCUUCGCUUAUGAAGAGCUAAAAGAGGCAACACGAAACUUUUGUCCUGAUAGUGUUCUGGGAGAACCUGGUUCUGGUUCAGUUUUCAAGGGCUGGAUUGAUGAGCAUUCAUUUACUGCUACCAAGCCUGGAACUGGAAUGAGUAUUGCUGUCAAAAGGCUUAACCAAGAUAGUUUUCAAGAUCACGGAGAGUGGUUUGCUGAAGUGAAUUUUCUGGGCCAACUUGUUCAUUCUCACCUUGUGAAAUUGAUUGGCUAUUGCAUGGACGAUGAGCAACGGCUGCUCGUGUCUGAAUUCAUGCCUCGAGGAAGUUUAGAAAAUCAUCUGUUCCUUCGGGGUUCCUAUUUUCAACCUCUUUCUUGGGGCCUCCGUUUGAAGGUUGCACUUGGUGCUGCAAAAGGGCUCGCCUUUCUCCACAGUGAUGAAAGAAAAGUGAUCUACCGUGACUUGAGGACUUCAAAUAUUUUGCUUGAUUCUGAUUACAAUGCCAAACUCUCUGAUCUUGGGUUUUCCAAAGACACAGGAGCAACAGGCGGUAAAAGUAAUGUCUCUACCAGGACUCCGAGUACCUUGUAUGCAGCUCCAGAAUAUCUUGCCGCAGGUCAGGCAACCACAUCAAGUGAUGUUUAUAGUUUUGGAGUCAUUCUAUUGGAAAUGUUAUCUGGAAGAAGAGCCGUAGACAAAAAUCGACCAUUUAGAGAACACAACCUAAUCGAAUGGGCCAGACCCCAACUUGCAAACAAAAGGAAGACUGCUCGAAUAAUUGACAACCGUCUUGAAGGCCAAUAUUCUUUGGAUGCAGCCUAUAAGCUAUCGAGUCUGACACUGCAAUGCCUAUCCAUUGAGCCCAAGUCUAGACCAAGCAUGAACGAGGUUGUAACAGAACUAGAACAGCUACAAGAUCCGACAUCCAUUAAUAUCAACAGAAAUUCAAAACAAAACCGCAUGGCUCGCAGAUGUAGUGCUGACGAUGCCAAUAUUCAUCGUAGUGCUCGCGCUGUUUCACCUGAUUAUACAUAAGCAGAUGUACGUGAUACUUUUACAACAAAACAUAGAAAACUAGCGGACACAUAUUAUAGUUGAAUGAAUUAUACUUCUCUUGCUAUUACAAUCUCUUCAGUCUGCCGAUUUCUGGAUCAGUUUGUACAUAGAAGGAAUGGUUCAUUUGAAAUUUUUGUUUGAUUAUCAAAGAUACGAUACUGAGGAGGAAUCCGAUUAGAUAUCUGAAGUGGGUGAAAGUUCAGUUUGAUGUUUUA